AUGGCUUCUGAAGACAUUUCGCCCUACUGGAAGGGUGCCCUUGGGGUAGGCUACGCAGCCCUGAUAGCUGUGAACUACGCAUCCUUGUCCGGGAAGCUGGGCCGAACAAAUGCAUCGAUCUCAGCUUCGUAUCCUACAGAAAUCACUCCAGCGAACUGGGCCUUCAGCAUCUGGGGGCCGAUCUUCCUGCUGCAGGGCGCUGGCGUGGGUGCGAUGAUGGUAGGUGGAGUGUCACCCGAGGUUGCCAAAGCUGUGGUGCCUUCUUGGUUCGCUACCUGGAUGUUCGAAAACUUCUGGCAGCUGCAAUUCAUUCGCAUCCCGGCGGAGAAGCCGGGCAACGGUGCCCCAAAACGGGCCCACUGCUUCCGCGCGCUGCUGUCCUGUGCCUGCUUUUUGGUGGCCGCCCAGACCUCCAUGCUCUCUGCUGGUGUCAAACUGCAGCAGUCUGGGGAUGUCGGAGGCUCCUGGCUCCAGUCCGUGACCAUUGAUUUCGCCUCAGGCUUAAACGCCGGCUGGCUUGCUGCAGCUUCGGGCAUUGGCAUUUGGCAAGCCCUGGACCUUUUCCCUUCAGGCAGCAAGACAUCUCCACGGCUCAGCCAGGCGUUGGUCUGCGCAGUGUCUGUGUAUGGGCUCUACGGAUCUGCAGCGGUCGGUGUGAAACCCAUCCAGGGCUUUGGCCUGGGCUAUACCGCAGCGACGAUCUGGGCCCUAGCUGGCAUCAAGGCGAGCCCGGGUACCCCUCCACAGGUGAAGAGCGCCGCAGCCGGUGGAACAGUGGUGGCUGCUCUUGGCGGACUUGCUUGCCUCCUCAGGACUUGA